AUGAUCCCUCCAAAGUACUGGUUCUUUGUCAAUGAGGGAAUGCUAUCUCCGGUUCCGAUAGGGCCUUGCACAUGGGAAGUGAUCGACUGGGACAGGAGCCGUUGGCUGCAGAUCCGCGGACCAAAAAACACAUUCCCCGAAGAAGAAGACUAUAUUGAGGACUUUGCGGCGCGAUAUGCCAACCAAUUAGGAGAGGAUGAGCAGACGUUGAUAUCAAACGAACAUCGAGAGCUUGUAGGCGUCUGUUCAAUGACCCGACAUGGGAGAUCAGAGAACGUCUGGAGAGAGCUGCAUAUCCUCAAGGCAUUACGGGAGAAUAGGCGAUUCAUACCUUUCCACCGUAUAGUGCUGGACGAGGUAACGCAUAACAUCCUCGGUUUUACUUCCCAGUAUAUCGCAGGCGGCACUUUAGAGCAUUAUCGCGGCACAUUCUACUUCCGCUGGCUGAAGCAGCUUACGGAUGAUGUUGAUGAUUUGAACCUGCGCUAUGGAAUCAUGCACCAGGAUCUCGCACCCAGGAAUAUCUUGAUCGACCCAGCCACCCAGGACCUGCUAGUGUUCGAUUUCGACAGAUCGGGUCAGAUAGGAGGGAGAGAUGCAAGUAAAGGCUGCGAUGACGUCGAUGCACUGGCGUUUACUAUCUACGAGACCCUAACUUUGGACGAGAGCUUCCGAGAGCGGCCACCCUGGGAGCAGGACGUUGGCCACGUGGAAAGCAUGACGGAAUGGAGAUUGCAGCUACCGUUGGAAGACGGGGUGGAUAUCUCUGUCUACCGGGGCUUUAUUGCGAAGUGGGCAAAUGAGCGGCGAACAACUAGGACAAUCAAGCACUUCUCUGAGGCGAGCGAGCCGGUUUCCUGGCCUGAAUACGCUGAAUUGGAGAUGAUUGAGGUUCCUGAUGAAGAGUACAGGACACGCAUGAGCUUUCGUCGGAAGAGAAAGGAUGUCGAGAGUGCUGGGGGGUAUGUUACGCGCUGGGAGAGGCCGCCGCAGCAAAAAGAGGUGAAAGAGCCGAAUUAG